UUUGUUUGAAAUUCAGAAGUUUCCGAGCGGCUCCUGAGACGGACGGGGAAACGUUUCUCCCCUUAAGAUCAACUUUCUUGUGCCUUUUCUUAGAUGUACUGGACUCUUCUCUGACAGAAAGAGCCCUGACAUCACAGUCCAGUCCCCUGACUCACCCCCCUCCCCCACCCGGCUCUGUUGUCACAACUGAAGAAGACUCCUGUACAAACUAGUGCUGAGUGGGCGUCCAUCCACCACUGACCCAGAACGCUGGUCACAAAUGUGUAAGUAAAAAGAGUGACCAGAAGCUGACUCAACCCACUGACCCUUGGUGUAAACUACAAGGUCAUCAGUUCAAACAACUGGGGGUUCCGCUGACCGAACCUUUGUUUGGUGUACAGCAAGGAGGUCAACCGUCCUAGGUGGGCCCAUGAGUGGGUGUUGAGACAGGAAGUAGUGGUGGGAGAUUACAGUGGUGGAUGACUUGAAGUCAUCAGAACUUCUUAAUGACAGACGUCUUGAAGCUGGGAUUUCCUUCCAGUCCAUGUCCGAACGGUUCGGGUUUGAAAGCUUCAAGACGAGACGCAGUAAGUGUUUAAGACUACCAAAGCAGGAAUCUUUGCAGCUAGACUUCAGUUGUCAGCAGUCAUUCACCAGCAUUCCAGCCUUGAAAAUGGAUGCCUUCCAGAACAUGGUGGUGAGAACUUCAGCACAGACAUGGCAAGACAUGAAAAUUUAAAAGGGGUCAGCUUUCCUCCUUCUGACCCUGCCAUUAACCACUUUGGUAGUGGUAGUGAUCCAAUAAUCGUCUGGAAUUCUGGAACAGAAGCGUGUGUUCUACGCUGACGAUGAGCGUGAGGAAAUCGGAGGCAAUCUGUCGCUCCUGCGGGCACGUGCACGAGGGGAACGGCAAUCACUUGUACGACUACGUGAACGAGGUUGACGAAGAACUGACGUGUCAGAUUUGUCUACAGCCGCUGGUCAAUCCUCUGGACACGAAAUGCGGGCACACCUUCUGCGCCAGGUGUAUACGCGGGUUCUUGAAGAUGAAGAAGAUGUGUCCAAUAGACAGGCUGGCGCUGACCAUCAGGGACUGUCGGACAGCGAGCAUUAUGGUACAGAAACUGUUGGACAAGUUGGUGGUGUACUGUCCCAAUAACGAGAAAUGCUCAGAGACAAUGCAAAGGUCUGACUUGGAAGCCCACCUAAUACACAGAUGUAAAGGUACAACAGUACGCUGUCUGCGGGCCCCGGCGGGCUGUAGGUUUAAGGGCACCCCCACAGCACUGAAGGAACACAUGCAGAAGUGCACUUACAAACACACCAUCUCCAUAGAUGGUACAAAAAACAGGUUGUAUAGAGCACGAGGUCACCUGAGGCUGGCACAGGGAGAUGACAGUAAUUGUGCCUCGAUCCGGGACAUGCGUCAGGUGCGGACACCUGUCACCUGCAUCACAGCCAUUCCAAGACUGCCUGUUCUGGAGGGUGAAAUCACCACUAUAGAAGUGAGGAAGUCCAGCCAGUCGGAGCACCUGGGCAUCAGUGUUGUGGGGGGAUGCGAGACUCCGCUGGUGUCCAUGAUUGUACAGGAGGUGUUCAGCAGUGGGGCGAUAGCCACGGACGGGAGGAUUGGACCAGGGGAUCAGAUACUAGAGGUGAAUGGAGAAGACCUGCGUGAGCUGACCCACCACCAGGCCUGCAGGGUCCUGAGGAAACCCUGCCCCCUGCUCAGGCUCACCAUCCUCAGGGAGAGGGUGGCUGAGGAGAGGAACACAGGUGCAGAGGUACAGGAUACCAUACGGGUGGAGCUCACCAAAACUUCAGGUGAACAGCUGGGUAUAAGGAUAGCGGGACUGCAGGGCACCACGGGGGUGUGUGUACGGGACCUGGUGGAGGGGGGGCUGGCGGCCACGGACGGGAGACUCAGACCCAGGGACGUCAUCCUGGAGAUCAACGGACAGGACAUGAGACAGGCCACGUCAGAACAGGCUGCAGAACUCAUACAGGCUAGUGUAGAGAAGGUAGACUUUGUUGUAUCCAGACCAAGAAGACCACAGCCCCCAGACCUCAUCAAAGGCAUGUUAGAAGCAGACACCUCUGCUAAGACACCGGAGGACUCCCGACCCCCCUCCUUCCAGGACAAACUCAUCAGCAUCAGGAAGAACGCUCGAGAGUCCCUGGGGAUCAGCGUGGCAGGGGGACGGGCUGGCACCAGGGGUGACGUCCCUGUGUUUGUGACUAACGUCCAACCAGAUGGGUGUCUGGGGGGAAACGGUCAGCUGAAGAAAGGGGAUAUCCUAGUGAGUAUAAAUGGUACGACCCUGGUUGGCCUGACCCACGAGGAGGCGGUGGGUGUGCUCCGGGCGUCGGCCCUGUCCCAGUGUAUCCUGCUGCGGGCCAUGGCUCCUGCCAGAGAUGGGGACAGUGAUGAAGAGGAGGAGGAUGACUUUGAUGAGGAGGAUCCGACAACAGGAAAGACUCCAUCAUGGAUCAUGUGGAUGAGACUUCCAGAGAUCUGUCAAGUUCCCAAGUCCGUGCAGUUGGAGAGGGGCCAGUCAGGCAGCCUGGGGUUCAGCAUUGUGGGCGGGUGUGACGGUAUCCAUGGCAAACAGCCCAUCCUGGUCAAGUCCAUUGUGCCGGGGGGGUCAGCUGACAGGGACGGGAGACUCAGGUGUGGGGAUCUGAUCCUGUCUGCUAACGGGCACCUGAUGACGUCCAUCUCCCACACCAUGUCAGUCACCCUGCUGAAGAGACUACAGGGGAGCGUCAUGCUGGCUGUGGUGUCCUGGCCGGGCACUAUGCUGUAACAACACUGUGGUGUCCUGCCCGGGCACUAUGCUGUAACAACACUGUGGUGUCCUGGCCGGGCACUAUGCUGUAACAACACUGUGGUGUCCUGGCCGGGCACUAUGCUGUAACAACACUGUGGUGUCCUGGCAGGGCACUAUCCUGUAACAACACUGUGGUGUCCUGGCAGGGCACUAUGCUGUAACAACACUGUGGUGUCCUGCCCGGGCACUAUGCUGUAACAACACUGUGGUGUCCUGGCCGGGCACUAUGCUGUAACAACACUGUGUUGUCUUGGCCGGGCACUAUGCUGUAACAACACUGUGGUGUCCUGGCAGGGCACUAUGCUGUAACAACACUGUGGUGUCCUGCCCGGGCACUAUGCUGUAACAACACUGUGGUGUCCUGGCCAGGCACUAUGCUGUAACAACACUGUGGUGUCCUGGCCGGGCACUAUCCUGUAACUUGCAAAUGACAAAUCAGUUUUCAAAUCCAAUCUGAAUAUUCUUGACUCUAUUCUAAUAUCAACACAGUCAGAAGAGUUUAUCUGAGUUCAAUAGUUUAAUGUACAUAAAUGUAGAAUGUACACUUACCAUUGAGUGAAAAAAUUAGUAGCUAUAGCAAAAGGAUAGCCGAUGCACAUCUUAGUCUAUUAAAAGUUCUACUAGAAAGUUAGCACAUACAUCCUUUUGUAUGCAUUACAACCAUUUUAUGCAUUGCAAUAAAGGAAAGUUCUAUAUAAAUGAGUUACAUAGUUAUGAAUUACUCUUUAUUGCUAUAUGCUCGGUGAUGCCACUUUUAGUGAUACAAAAAUGUGUAUGUCAAUGUGAAAUUUCAUGCAGUCUAUAUUAUAAGGCCUCUAUUUCAUAUCAGUGAAAUCACUAAAUUUUUCUAAAAAGGACUGGAAUAUUAUGGUUCUGUUAGAUGCUAUUUUUGCCUUCUUUAUAGAUAUAUGUGUUUAGGAAAACUGUUUAGAUGCUAUAGUGCCUUAGAAUUGGAAAAUGCAUUCUUUAUACAUGGGAAAUAGCUAGUGCCUGAUCUUUCUAAGUAUGGCCUUUAGGAGAAAAAACUGAAAAAUGAAAGGAGGUUAAGACCACUAGAAUUUAAAAACUGAUGAAUGAAUUCUUGCAGAAGUUAUCCUUAUUCCACAGUAUAUAUUGUAUCAAAAUGCCCCCGAAAGGUGCCUUUUCUGGCUGGAUGUAGAAUUCUAGAUAAACAGUGUACAUAAAGAAUGUGUAGCAAUUAGACCUAUGCAUUGGUUUGUAAUACACUAAUAUCCUGAUCACUAAGGUUUAAACAUAUUGUGACCUGGUCACCAUUACGUUGUUGUUACUAUUCAUUACAAUAGUUAAAAUUUGUUAUGUUAUGACAUGACACUCCUUCACAUCUUCAUGUAGGUAGGAAUUUUCUAACCCAUAAAGCCAUCAAAUACUUAGGUAUAGAUAGGACGUAGUCUGGUAUUAACAUUUGAGUUCUCCGUAACCUUUAGCAAACUGGAGUACUUGUGUAUUGCAAUUGAGACCGAGUAGAUAUCAAGAAAAACAUUAAUAUGAUAGAGACUGCAAUGACCAGUAUUAAGUUAUGUAAAACAGUGAAUAGCGCUAGCCUUGCAUCCGACAACAUCCCAAUGUGCAACUGAAUAUCAGAACUAGAAUUGGCAGGAAACAGGCAGUGUCUUAUCUUGCAUUUUAGAAGGGUCUUUCUGGCAAAAAGUCUGUAGUUUUCUAUGUAAUUUUGAAAUCAACACUUAGAAAUUAUCAGGAAUAGAGUAUCUUUGUAACAUGUAGAUUUGAAAUAAGACCAUUUUUUUUGCCUUCGCCAGUUGUGUUACACUGGUUUUAGUAUUAAUAAUGUAGUCUUGUUUAUCAUUUACUGUGGAGUCAUAUCUAUAAGGUCCUCUUAGCCUUAUCUAACUUGCCAUGUGUGUAUCAUAGGUAUGAAAUAUUAUAUAAUGGUAUAUUACUUUAAUAUUUAUUACAGCCAUACAAGUAUAUCUAUGCUAUAUUUGAUAUUGAUGAUUGUGAAACCUCCAAUGCAAGAGCUGGUUGGCUGAAUUUCGGUCACGUGCUUCGGUAAAGCAAUAAAUGCUUUUCCUGGUAAAUUGA